CUCAAAUCCCGCAGCGGCAGCGGCAUUUAUCCUCGAAAGCAACGGGACAAGCCUCUGACAUUUCGGUGGAGCGUGAAAAGUGGCCAAAUGGUGGACACAAAGAGGAGCACGGUUUCGGUUUGCCGCUGAAUACUCGCGGAACUGGACUCAUGAUGAUGAUGAUGAUGAUGAUGAUGAUGAUGUUUUGCGGAUCCGGCCGUGGAGCCACGCGGCGGGGAGAAUGGCAGCAGAAGUCAAAGAGACGGCGCGCCACAAAGGAGGGCAGAGCAGGACGCGUGUGUGCAGAGCAGCAGUGCCCUAGAUCCAAGUAACAUCUGAGCUACUCUGUCAUUCAGGCUCCAUUCAUGCUGUUUCGGGUUCGAGUGCACCUGGAAAAACAAAGACAAUGCGUUCAGUGGCAGCACACUACCGUGCGUAAAUGGAGACACAUCUGUGCGUAUUCGCCGUACUUUUCCCUUCACUGUGCGUUCAAUAAAACGUGUUUGUUUUGUCACUGUCCCACGACCACACUGGUAUAGAUGCAUUAUAUACUUCCUCAUACUUCACAUGUGCCAUGAGUGAUGGCGAUGUCUGCAGAAUCUGACAGUACCGGUGCGCAGGGCUGCUGUGCUCAUAAGAAAAGCUUCAGCGCACUGGAUCGCAAUGGUUAUGUGAAAACAUGUGUCAUCCCACUGUGCCGUGACCGAGGCUACGAGUCGUGGGUGAGGCUAAUGUUCACCAAAAUAUGGUGUUCCCAGAGACUCCGGAUUGCGGUGUGUGUGGGGUCGCUCUCGGUUUUUCUCGCUCUGUUGGUCAAAUGUGCAGAUUGGAGAGCUGAAGGCAGCAGCAGCAGCAGCAGCAGCGCUGACAACACACUCUCGCUUUCAUCGUCUCCAGUUCACUUCGUUGCGGGCUGCGCGGUGGACCUUUUGCAAACUUGCUGGAGUGUGCUCUCGCCAUUGUUCACCCUCGUAUGUGCCUUCUUUUGGGUCGGCGUCUACCUAAUCCGCUGUGGGGUUUUAAUCCAGACCGCCCUGUCCCUCCUGACCGUGUGCCACCUGGGCGAAGCGGCUGCGUGGACUCUCUUGGACGGGACAGAUGAGCAGCUCUUUUCGUUCACCACAGCGGCCGGAGUCGUGCUCGUCUGCGUGGCCACCGGCGCACUCAUGGUAGCACGACUGAACCAGGGCAUAUCUGUGGUCGUUUUCAUCAGCAUAGUCAGGACCAUUUCACUCUUCUCACUGCACAAAGUUCGGGCCACUUGGAGACCGUACGUAGCGUACCUGGUUGGAGUGUUGGGCAUCCUGCUGGCGAGGUAUGCUGACAAGCUCCUUCCUGACCAAGGGAGACACAAGGAGGGCUGCACCCCCGUGACUGGAGCCAGGGAAGAGAUCCCUGUAUUUAAAAGGCGCAGGAGGUCCAGUUCUGUGAUAGCGUCAGACAUGGCACACAGUCAGUCCAACAGUAAGUCACAUCGCCGGACCUCUCUGCCAUGCAUCCAGAGGGACCAGAUGCUCCCUCGCUCGGACUGGGACCACAAGAGAGGCUCCCGAGGAUCACAGUCAUCAGGCACCACAGUCAUGGUGGACAUAGCGGUGAUGGGAGAGGCUCAUGGACUAAUCACAGACCUGCUGGCUGACCCUUCCCUGCCUGCUCAUACCUGCACCUCACUUCGGGCUGUCAGCAACCUGCUCACCACGCAGCUCACUUUCCAGCCGCUGCACCGGCCCCGCCCUGCUCCCCUCCUUAACCUCAGCGACGCCUACACCUGCUCUGACUCAGAGGAAGGACCCGAGAAAGGCGAGAAGACAUCUUUCCACAAGCGUCUCAGGCGGAGUCUCCAUCCUGGUCUUCUUAGGAGAAUCUCUUCCACAUGGACCACCACCACCUCUGCCACAGGUCUUCCCACCAUAGAGCCUGGGCCUGUUUGCAGGGAUCGCAGCGCCAGCAUCAAACCCUACCAUGAAACGCUCACCUGCAGCUGUGGGAGACCAUACAUCAGACUGAGCCAUGGGGAGGGCUCUAUAGACAAGGGAGACAGGAUACCACGGUCAGCUGAGGAUCCAGUUGUUGUGUCAUCAGACUAUGACAGCACCCACGAAGCUAACCACAGUGACAGCAGUGAUGUAGCACAUACUGAGGAGGACAUGGAGGAGGGAAAAGCCCCUGCUCAAAAUGUUAUCCUCCACCAACUAAUACCUCCUGAGGACAAACCCAUUCUGGCUCCAGAGCCGUUAAUAAUGGAGGAUUUAGAUCCUCUCAUGAGUCAGCUGAAUAAUUGGAACUUCCCCAUCUUCACCUUGAUGGAAAAGACAAAUGGGAAAUGUGGACGUAUCCUCAGUCAGGUCUCCUACAGGCUCUUUGAAGACACUGGUCUGUUUGGGAUCUUUAAGAUCCCUGUAAAAGAAUUCAUGAACUAUUUCUAUACCCUUGAGAAUGGUUACAGAGACAUACCAUAUCACAACAGAGUCCACGCCACAGAUGUCCUUCAUGCAGUCUGGUACCUCACCACGCAGUCUGUGCCCGGUCUGCCCAGCCUCGUUGCUGACCACGGCUCCGCCAGUGACUCAGACUCAGACAGCGGAAUAACACACAGUCAUAUGGGCUUCCUGGUUUCAAAGACCUACACUGUGUCAGAAGACGGCUAUGGCUGUCUGUCAGGCCUCAUCCCUGCUCUGGAGCUCAUGGCCCUUUAUGUGGCUGCUGCAAUGCACGACUACGACCACCCCGGGCGGACCAACGCGUUCCUUGUGGCCACCAGUGCUCCACAGGCAGUGCUUUACAACGACCGAUCCGUCCUGGAAAACCACCACGCUGCCUCGGCCUGGAACCUUUUUAUGUCACGGCCAGAGUACAACUUCCUUGUCAACCUGGAUCAUGUGGAAUUUAAACGUUUCCGAUUCCUGGUUAUUGAGGCCAUUCUGGCCACCGACCUGAAGAAGCACUUUGACUUUCUUGCCGAGUUCAAUGCAAAGGUGGGUGACGAUCCAUCUUCAGGUAUCGAUUGGUCCAAUGAGAACGACAGGUUGCUGGUGUGCCAGAUGUGCAUUAAACUGGCUGAUAUUAAUGGACCGCUGAAGUGCAAGGACCUGCAUCUGCAGUGGACAGAGGGCAUCGUCAACGAGUUCUAUGAACAGGGUGAUGAGGAGGGCAGCCUCGGUCUUCCCAUCAGCCCCUUCAUGGACAGAGCAGCACCACAGUUGGCCAAACUUCAGGAAUCGUUCAUCACACACAUUGUGGGACCACUGUGCAAUUCCUACGACUCAGCGAGCCUCAUGCCUGGACGAUGGGUGGAGCCCAACCCGGAGGAGGGGGAGGAGGAGGAGGAGGAGGAGGAGGAGGAGGAGGAGCCGGAGAUCAGGGAGAACGAAGAUGAGGAUGAAAAUGAAGAGGACACUGCAGAAGAGGACAGUUCCACAAGCUCAGAAGUGUCACAAAAUACCACUCCCAAGAAAAGGAGGAGAGUCUUUUGUCAGAUCACGCAGCACCUGAUGGAGAACCAUGAGAUGUGGAAGAAGGUGAUUGCAGAGGAAGCUCAGAAACAAGACCAAGGGGCAGAGUCUGUCCAUUUAAACAAUGUAGCCGAGCCUAUUCUGGCGAUUCAUGAAGAAGAAGAGGAGCCAGGGAGCAGAGAAGAGCUGGUAGAAGGAGAAGAUCCAGAGGAGGGAGUGGAGGAACCAGAGUGGCCUGUUUCUCCACAGGACGACUCGAAACCUCAAGAGGAACUACAGGAGGGCGACCCACAGUGAAAAGGCCCAUGGGAAAUAAUGGUGUCAGUCAGGGCAAGGAUGUGAAAAAGUAUUUCUUUGUUUCUUAUCCUAUCAACUGACUCCUGUUUUUCGCCAGCACAUCACUUAGACACAACACUGUAGAAGUUUGGGAAAUGUGUGCCUAUACAAAAAAAAAAAAAACAGGGUGGGAAAAAAAUCUGUGCUUUACACAUUUUAUCUGAAUAUCCAAACAUUUAAAGGAGCUUUCCGUAUUGCAAUACAGGAUGGUUUUAUGUUCUUUGGGAUACAGACUCUUUUGCUACUGUCAAGAGAAGAGAGAAGAGACUGGUUGCACAGACCUCAACCCAUUGUGGUCACACAGGACUGCAGACAUUUGCUGCCAAUUUAUAAAUAAAUAUUUUCAGAAUGCAAUUAUAUAUAGACAUCACAAUUAACUGUAGUCGUGUGACGAUUCUAGCAGGAGUUUUUAAGGUCGCACAUGGGCCAUAAUGUUUUUUUUUAUGUACGGAUUAUGAAGGCAGUCAAUCACACGAGGAACACUGAUGUAUCGUCCGUCCUUUCGACUUCUGCCAAAAGUAACUGCUCACCUGUGGCGUUUUAGCGUUAAACACAAAUACUUAAUACUUGUUUUAUGUUUUACAUGUGUUGCCCAAUUAAUGAUGUCAUCCAUACCUCAGACAUGCACGUAAGUCCCGGCAUGUUCCUGGAACUGUCCAGAGGCGCGACAUGCGUUCUCCAGAACGAAUCUCUGGAUAAUUUCCCAUGAGCCCAUGUGAGGACACAGCCGGAAAUGCUCCAGCCAGCAGGUGUCCUGAAUCCAGGGCCCACCAUCACCUGUUUCACACUCUCGAGCGGCUUAAAUAUCAUUAUAUGAACAGUAAACUCUCCAGGUCCAGACCAGGUGUCCAUGUCUGAAAAUGGCUUAUGUGUGUGAGCUUGCAGGUGUGGGUCUUUGCUUGAAAUAAUUUAUUUGUACCAUCUCCAGUCCCCAGUUUCCGGGUAAAUAUGGACUUGACAAAUUAACGUUGGGCUGUAGGAAAAUGAAUCAAAUCGUACUUUGAAACUACCAAAGGUUUUAGGAUGGUAAAAGGGAAAAAAUCAACAAAACAGGAAACCAUUCAAUAAAAAUAUAUAAAGAGUUAGAAAGCUUAAUAUAUUAAACAAAACACCCUGAUGUGGAUUAAAUGUGUAAUCUUAAUUUUUUUUUUUUUUUUAUAUAUUUUAUUUUAAAUGUCCAUAGACUGUCUUUAUCACUACAGUGUUGUUUGUGUCUUUUCUAUCACUUUCUGACACUUUGCUGUAUUUAAGGCUCAGUGUACUGCAGUACGCUGUAUCCUGGUCCUCAUUAUGUAAUCACUUGCAAAUGAUGCUGAUCUUAAACCCUCAGGAAACUCUCAACUAUUGAAAGUCAACAUUUGCAUUACUCCUUGGGACAGUAAGAUAAAAACAUACUGGAAUGGCAGGCUACUUUAACAAUAAUGAAUAAGAACAAUGAUGAUAAUCAUUGUUUUCUGCUUUUACUUUUAACAUCGAAGCAGAAAACCUUUAUUCAUCUAUGUAUCCUCCUCUUCCAGCACCUCAGGGAGACUUUCUUUCUCUCGUGGUUAAAAUCAGACAGGACAUCAGAGUGCAUCACACAGAGAGGAUUUAUUUUGAAUUUAUUCUUUUUUUAAGCUUUUUCUUUCCACGUCAAAAGAAAACAGUUGUGGGGCAAAAAUCAAUGGACUCAAAACAAGUCUCUGAGUUUAGCCAAAAGUCAAAGUUGUAAUUAACUUGGAAUGUUGUCAUUAUAUUUCCACAUUACAGGUACUAUGCACAUGUUUAGGUCAUUGUUUUCUUACUGCUUCCUAAUCGCCAAGCCUAUUUUUGUACCGAGAUAUUAAUUGACACAAUUUAAUAUCUCAAUGAUCAGGACCUGACGUUUAAGAAAUGUGCUGUAAAGUGACGUCACAUAAGAGCCCCGACUUUGGACUGAGACAAAGCCACAAGUAUAUUCAACUGCGUCUCAAACAUGCAACAUGUUCAAGAUGACUAUUUCAAAUUUAUAUAUCAAAUAUGUACUUUGCUUUUAAUUGGUGAAGCACCGCCAUUGAGUUGUCGCAUCAAUUUAAUGUCACAUUAAAGUACAUUGUGGCAGUAUUAUAUACAAAUGAAGUGCCCAUAAUCUUGUCCAGUGUCUGCAUGUAACUCAUAAGAAGUAAAACAGUUGUUUAAUGGGUCUCUGACUUGUUACACUGCUUCCUUCAGUCAUCUUAUAUCUGAUCUUUAAAAAAAGAGAGAAAAAAAGACCAGCACAUCCUUGCAGUUACAUUCUUCUACCACAUGAUGUUUCCAUCUGUGGUGAACACUAAAAUAAUCCAUUUACCGCUCUCUCUCGCUCUCUCUCUCUACAUAUACUGCAGCACAAAGGCCACAAGCUGAAGGUAAUUGGUUGACCCACUGAUUAGAGAGACAUUAAACAGAGCAUCAUUCACCACCACACAAGCCCUGUAUCAGACCACACAGUUGUUUGAAGCCACUGAAUCAGAACAGCCUUUUUUUUUGUUUGUUUUUUUGGCUUCUAAUGAUCAUGUGUUGCCUCACCUAUUGUAUCUUGUUUACAAUAAUCCUGCUGUUUUGUUUUUUUUAGUAUGUCACCUGCACUUCCUGCCCAGUGAGCUAUUACGUUUUCUUAACUUCUUAUGUUUCCCAGCUCCUGCUUUGAGAACACAGUAUACGUAUAUAUAUACUGGACAGUGUGUGUGUUUUUGUCUUUUUGAAUUCUGCCACUGAACCUCUCUAAUGUGACUCUGUCCUCUAUUUGACCAAUCGCGCCACUGAGAAGAGCAGGGAUGCGACUUUUGCUCAAAACGGUGACGCAGUUAUUAGUGAUGACACUUCCUCACAGAAGGCCCUUUAGCACACUUGUCCUUGCGCUUCCUCUUUGACAUACGUUCCGCCUGUCCUGCACAUCUGAGACCCUCACUGGCAACAGUGGACACAGAGGUCAUCACAAAACUGCAACCGGAUUCUAUCCAUCCGUCCAUUUUGUUCAUUUGCUGAUGGUCACUUUUUUUUUUUGGGUUUGUUUGGACAAUGCGUGCAUUUUUGUCACCAGAUGACUUCAAUCCUGAAGUCAACUUGCUUUACGAGUGCAUUUUUUUAUUUUUUAUUUGAUUGUCAUAAUUAUUCACACGUGUAGCAUAGUUGUAAUGGUGGGAACCAAACAAGCUUUACAAUUAUGUAAACAAACAAAAAAAAAAGAUGAGUAUUUUUAUAUAGUUGACACAUGAUUAAAUAAUGACUUGCUUUCUUCUCACUAGUACCUUGCACUUACCACAUGUACAGUACUAACACGUGGAAGAAUUAUUCCAAAAUACAUGGUAUUUGUGAAAGUAACAUAAUUAAUUUCCUUCCGGGUUGAUGCUCCAUUUUGUACAAUACACACACACACACACACACACACACACAUAUAUAUAUAUAUAUAUAUAUAUAUACAUAUACAUAUGCUGUACAGUAAAGACAUUUUAAAACUACAAAAAAACCUUUUAGAUAUACAUUAUUUAUUUUUACCAUUUUGUAAUUUAGACACUAUACUGUAGCUGCAAUAUUGCCAGACUUACUGGAAGUGCCUAUAUUGGUAUUAUGUAACAUACAGUGAGUAUAUUUGAAGAUCAGUAGUUAUUGUCACAGCCGUGUGGAUGUUGUAAUGUGAAUACAUUGAAUUAUAAGACUAUAAUUUCUGUGGUA